AAUCAAAGUACAUUUUGAAGUUUGCUCGACCAACCAAAGCCGCGGAAACUGUGAUGUCAGAAAAGCAACCAAGAUGUCAGCGCACAGGGACCUCACAUGAAGGUUGGGGAAUGAAAUAAUACGGAUAUCUAUGUGAUACUACGUUAAAAUGAAUGUGCUUGGUUUUUCCAUAAGAGAGGUCGCCCGCGCGCUGAGGAAGGGCCAGCUCUCCCCCACGGAGCUCUGCCGAAAAUGUCUGAACCGCAUCAAAAGAACUCGCCGCCUCAAUGCCUACAUCACAGUGACCGAAGAAACGGCCAUGAAACAAGCCCAGGAGGCAGAGGUGCGCUUCCAGAAAGGCACAUCCAGAGGGCCUUUGGAUGGCAUACCCUUCGCUGUGAAGGACAACUUUUGCACUAACAUCCUCACCACGUGUGCCUCAAAGAUGUUAGGAGGCUACGUUCCUCCAUUCAAUGCCACAGUGGUGCAGAAACUGCUGGAUCAGGGAGCUGUUCUCCUGGGGAAGACAAACCUGGAUGAGUUUGCCAUGGGAGCAGGAAGCACGGAUGGGGUGUUUGGGCCGGUGCGUAACCCCUGGAGUGAUGCAGAGUCAUACAGACAGCAUUGCGGGCCAGAGGCUGAGUCUGACUGGGUCAUCACAGGAGGAAGCUCAGGGGGAAGCGCAGCUGCUGUGGCAUCACUUAGCAGCUUUUUCGCUUUAGGCUCAGACACAGGCGGGUCCACCCGUAACCCUGGCGCCCUGUGUGGGCUGCUGGCCCUGAAGCCCACCUACGGCCUGCUGUCCCGCCACGGGCUCAUCCCUCUGGUCAACUCUAUGGACGUGCCUGGAAUCAUGACCCGGAGCGCCCACGACGCAGCCAUCGUCCUGGGCAUGCUUCAAGGCCAGGACAUGCUGGAUGCAACCACAAUCCCUAGUCCCCCUGGGGAAGCUGGCUUGCCGGAGGACUUUGACAUCAGACAAAUCACAGUGGGAAUCCCACAGGAGUACCAUGCACCGGGCCUGUCGCCCGAGACGCUCCGUCAGUGGUCCCGCGUCACAGACCUGUUUGAGCAGGCGGGGGUGCAGGUCCGAGAGGUCUCCCUCCCACACACCCAGUUCUCCAUCGUCUGCUACCACGUGCUCUGCUGCUGUGAGGUGGCGUCCAACAUGGCACGCUUCGACGGGGUGGAAUACGGCCUCCGCAGCCCAGAGAGCAGCUCCACAGAGGCCAUGUAUGCCGCCACGCGCCACGACGGCUUCAACGAUGUAGUCCGCAGGAGGAUCCUCUCCGGGAACUAUUUCCUGCUCAAACAGAACUACGAGCAGUACUUUGUGAAGGCGCAGCAGGUGCGCCGUCUGAUCGCCGAGGACUUCAGCAGGGUCUUCAGCUCCGGGGUCGACGUGCUGCUCACACCCACCACCCUCGGUGACGCCGCGGCCUACCGGGAGUUCAUCAGCGAGGACAACCGCACGCGCAGUGCCCAGGAGGACGUCUUCACACAGCCUGCCAACAUGGCCGGUCUCCCAGCGGUCACCGUGCCAACAGCGCUGUCAUCUCGAGGUCUCCCCAUAGGCCUGCAGCUGAUUGGACAGCCACUACAGGACAGGAUGUUGCUGGCAGUAGCCGACUGGGUGGAGCAGCGAGUGGGCUUCCCUCAGAUCCGUUUCCAUGAGGACAGCGGGGAGUCGGAAAGCAUCCCGCCAGCAGAGAGAGAGGGCACGGCUGGGCUGUGAGGGACAGGGACUCGAGAGGGAGAGAGAGUGUGUGUGUGUGUGUGUCUGCAGGACACAGUGCAGAGACCUGAAAUAACCUGAGGCUCACAAGUACACUCCCCCCUACACACAGAUGAGGUGUGAAGGUUAUCUGUGGACUCUGCCAGUGAUGGAGACACACACACACACACACACACACACACACACACACACACACGUACCAUUCACAUCUAUUAAAUAUUUAGACCCU